AUGCGGCAGUCUAUCGAUUUUUCCGGCAAAGGGACCAGUACAUCGGUGACCAGUUUACCAGUCGACUCUGUGUUCCGCAAGAUUUUUUUAAAAAACGCUACCGAGUUGCUCAUUUAUGACGUGGCAGCUGGCGAGAAGCCUUCGUACGGAGAAUGUGCAAUUGAGGAUUGGAAUAAUGUGACAAGUGAUGCAAUUGAAAACGAGGAGCUACACAAAAAAUGGGCCGCGCGGGGCACUGGAAACAUGGUGAGCUAUAGACUAGAAUAACUACAUUCCAUUUCAUUCAAUCUUUCAGCCGAAUCUCGCAGAAGGCGAAUUGCGUGUCGUCUCGGCGUUCGUUUAUAAAACAGAGAUUGUAGUGACGACAACCGCCGAGAACAGAUUCGGGUGAGCAACUUUUUUGAAAGCAUCAUGUUAUGUACACAAAUGUUUUUCAGAAAAACAGUCUAUUGCCGUUACUUUGACUGCAAUCGAGUGGAGAUUCCGAACUCGACGUUCCAAUCCUACAUGUUCCCGAUGACUUCUGCCUAUUGUGGACGGCGGGCCGGAGCCAAGUUCGUUGGACUGACGGAGGACCGUUAUGCGGAGGCAAUCGACCCGGCGCCAAUCACAUUCAGAAUAUAUGAAAGUAUGAAGCUGUUUAACCAACUUUCGAGAGAAACUAAGUGGAUUUCAAUUCAGAACCAGUGCACGAAAUAGCGGUUUGUGUUGGACCGAUCUAUGGAAAGGAGAGCAGAUGGCUGGAGAUCGUGGAGACCACUGAACAUCACAUGCUUUUGGUAGAUCACGACAAUAUAGUGUCUGCUCAAAAUACGAUCUUAUUCAGGGAAUCCAAUACUUUUAUCACACAGUUUUCGAUGAGAUGGAUUCGUACACCAGAAAGUUGUUGGAUGAGUAUCAGAGGUUGGGGACCGCAGAAGUGACAGUGAUACAGACCGAGUACAAAUUGAUGGAUUGGAUGUUUCACAUGAUGCAGAUUAAUGUAGGCUUAACAUCCUUACUUUUGCCGACAUUUCUUGCCUUCUCAGGACUGUUUCUAUCGUGCCCGUCAUCACUCCAAAUGGAUUCUCAACGUGGACAUCGACGAGAGACUCGUCAUGCAUCGGAUGCCUCUUCUUUCUUACCUCCGAACUGUCGACGACAACAUCGGGGAGAUCAGUUUUGCGGCCGGCAAGAUCCAAAGAAAUCGAGAGUUGCCGAAAGAGUACACGGACACCGAUUCCCUCUACGAACAACUUCUGUUCCUCAACAGCAAUACCACUGCUCAGACGAUGUACAUGGGAAUGAAAGCAUUGAUUCGACCUGACAUGUGAGAAUUCCCCCAUACUCUGUAAACUCUUAAACUUUUCCAGAACUGACGCCCUCUUCUAUCACUGGACUUGGGCUCAAAAGCCGGGCGUGCGUAUAAUCACUGCUUCGAAGAAGUUGGGGUACAUCCGUCAUUACCGUACCACUCUACCCAGUCUGGUUCGAACUUGGAUAAGGCACGAGCUCAAGUUCAAGACGACUCGACUCAAUGCAAGCUUUGAGGAGAAACUCUCGAAUGCUAUUAUCAAGAGAGUGAAGCGAGUCUAUGAGAAGAGACCGAUUUUCUGUGAGGAGAUUCCAGAGAACCUCCUGAAGGCUUUCACCAAAGACAACUAUCAUUGUGAAUGGAAGAACAACGGCACUGCUUUCGGGGCUUAA